GUCAGCUGACUCAGCCGGAGAAUCUUGAUCUGGUAAACAUCUACGCUACCGCUUAGGCACACACACACACGCACACACUUACAAAAUGUACUGUAGCCACACAGCGAUGUACGUUCACACAUUCAACACUCAUGUACAGACACGCAUAACUGAGUAAUGUGUUUUCUCACACAUACACAGCUUUAGCUGCUUUAUUUUUCACAGCCUAUAAAAAUCAGCAUACAUGUCUUUAAAAAUAAAAUACAGAAAAAUAACUACAAAAAGGAUGAGCGUGCCACAAAGGCAGUGGGACACUAAGAGAACUUACAAGUAUACCAAAAAGAAGAGAGUGCACAGAGACUGGGGGAAUUAGAGAGAUACAACGCAAGACGGAGACAUAAGAAGAAAGUCAAAGGAGAGCGAGUGAGACAGAUAGGAAGGACUAAGUGAGGUGCUGAAAAUCUGAAAGGGGGAAAUAAUUAUUCAAACACUCGAGACGAAGCCAGAGUGAACGAUGAAGACAAUCAGAAGAAGAACCAGGACCAGAAAACAUGAACAACAGAGGAGGAACAUAUUUGAAAAGGAAAUUAAGCGCCAAGAACUGGCACUCUAGCUACACCCAGCGAGCCAUCAUGGACGACCCUUCAUCUACCCAAUCCUUCCCCAACCUCCACCACCAUCGCCACCGCCCAUCCUUUCACCUCACCCUGCCCAGCCUUCAAAGCCCUGAAGUGGGAUACCAGUCCUCUCAGCCCAACCUGGACCCUCAGGAGCCAUAUGGAAGUAGAGGGGAAGACUCCACAAACUCCUUCCCAACUUCAAGCACCUCCUCUGGGGAAAGAAGGGAGAGCGGUGGAGGUGACAGAGGCUUCCCAAACACAAGCGGUAGCUGUUUGGACGGAGAUGCUAACUUGGGAGGCCAUCUUGACGAAGAAAGCGGGAUAGGCAGCCAUUUUUCUGACACUUGGUAUGGUGGUAGCAAAAAAGAGGAGGCUUGGGAGGACGGGGAGAAUAGUGAAAGCGCUGCAGACAAUAUUUAUAGAAGAGGUGAUUGCUACAGUAACGCAAAUGAUGUUUUUUACACCGUGAAUUGUGGCAGUGAGGAGGGAGUCAGGCGUAAACUCAGAGCGAACUACAAUAAUUAUACACAUGUUAGCGGCGAGGCUAAAGGCGAUACAGUUUACAACAGGGAGGCUAACGUUGGCCACUUUACUAAGCAAACUACUUCUUACGCCAGAACUGCGACGGGGAGCUUCAGUGACAGCAGCAUUGACUAUUCAAGAGUGAGUGAUAAUUAUUUAGGAAGAGAAGAGGAUUACGGGUCUAGCUGUGGCUCAGGUGAGGAUCAGCUUCAACCAGCAGAGGUCGAGGGACCCUGGCUCAGUGCCUCUCCCUCCAGUCAGACCGGAGAGGCCAGGUGGAGAGGAACAGCGGACGCCAUCAGUUUUGCCUCAGGGUGCCUACCGCAGAGAUCGCCCAUCGGCGUGAGCGGCGUGGCGUACACUCAGAAACUGGACUCCUUCUCUGAGGCUUUCCUCUCCCACCGAAAGAGACGAUUCCCGAUGAUUCCCGGCGGAGAUUAUCCUGGACAGUUCUGGGAAUUCGGCGUUGGGAGAGGGGAAAGCCCUGGAUUGGUCAAUUCAAGGCACAGCUGCGCUUUCGAUUCAGACUCCUACCUGCCUCCCUCCUCCUCUUCCCCACCCACUCACCCCUCUCUCCUGUCCUUCCCCUCUCCCCCCACAUCAUCUCACAUCAUGUCUUCAGUUCUUAGUCCUCCUCCCACACCUCUGCCUCCUCCUUCCCACUCACCCUCCAAAAUGGACUCUCCCGUUGCAUUUGGGGGCACAGGGCAUUCAGUGUCCCAGGGAGGUGAACCGCUGGGUGCGCUCCAGUUUUUCGCUUCGCACCUUCAGUCUCUCCCAUCCGUCCAUUCCUCCGGGAUGGUAUGGAAGUUUCCACCGCUGACGCACAGCUUCCCACAGUCAGCAGGCAACCCCGGCAUCAUCGAGGGCAACCUGAGACCUUCUCAUGGCACUGACUAUGGCAACAUCAUAGCCUCCCACGUUCAGUCUCCAGAAGCGGCAUUCCUCUCUUCCACAUCCCAUCCAUCAUCCCUCCAUCCAUCCAGAGCCCUCUGUCCCUCCAGCACUCCAUCCCUUCAUCCAUCCUUGCAUCUUCCCUCUCGUCCAACUCACUUUUCCAGCCAACAUUAUGAGGCAGCAGAAAAGAUUGCCCCAUACAUUGUGACCCAGAAUGUAAAGAAUGAACAAACCAAUCUGAACCAAUCACAGCUACAGCAACAAGCCACUCCAAUCUUCACUGGAACUCCUUUUCCCAGUAUCCUUCACUCCAGCAGAGGUCAGAAGAGGGGUCUGUACACUCCUCGACCGCUCCUCAAUCCGGUUCGUAGGGGGACGGGUCUCUACUCCUCCAUAUCAUCUCUCAAUCACAGAGAGGAGGAAACCACAUGUGGAGCAGAGGAAGAGGAGUGUGUUGUGUUACCGUAUGUCAACGUGGGUGAUGAUUUCCAGGCAGAGCUUCCUCCAUGCUUUGUGGAUGUGGACGGGUCAAGGGUGUGGUCACCGGAGGAGGACUCUCCUAGGGAACAGUUGCUCUGGAAACCGUGGGACAAGCUGGAGGAGGCUACCAACUUACAAGACCAAGUGGAGCUGCUGUUGUCCAUGUGUAGUUCCAGCUGUAUACCAGGAGGGGGCAGUAACACAGAGCUGACUCUGCACUGUCUGCACUACUGUCAGGGGAACACAAUGGUCACACUGGACAUGCUGCUGUUUUCACAGCCCUCGCCAACAGGAGACUACCACUACUCUGGUAGUGAUUGUUGGACAGACAGUGAAAAGAGUCUCUUCAGUGCAACUCUGGGAACUUCUGGAAAAGACUUUUCACUCAUCCAGAAAAUGGUGAAGACUAAGACCACGUGCCAGUGUGUUGAAUUUUACUACCUGAGCAAAAAGCUCCAGGACAAACAGAAGAAACAGAGGGAGGAGGAGAACAGAGAAGCAUUGAUGGAGCAGCAGAAAAAUAUGGCGCCCAUCUGUCAGCCAGUAGACAGACAGUUUGGCCUCGAGGCGGCAGUUCCUGUGCCUUCAUUGGCCAGCUUCUUCCCCUGCAAGCUGUGUGGCAAAAUGUUCUAUAAAAUCAAGUCCCGUAACGCUCACAUGAAGAUCCACCGCCAGCCUCAGGAGGAUUGGACCGACAGGCGGCUGCAGCACCAGCUCCUCAGCCAGCGUCUGGCUCUCAGUCGCCCCACCAACCUCAUGCCCUCCCCAGGCAGUAACCUGCUCCCGCCCCUGGCAGCCGCUCUGACCUUUCCCUCUUCUGGCCUCGCUGGCAGCCACAACGCAAACGCAGACAAUGUCCUUAACCUUGUAACCAAUAGCAACUCCAUCACUCCCAGUAAUGGCAGAGUCCUAGAUCCCAGCGCUGUGGUAACAUAUAGCAACAUCGCUGCCACAAACUCUCGUGUAAUCACCAAUAUCGAUGGCGGUGACUCAAACCAAAGAGAGCCCACCACUGUCUUACCUCUCCACCAAUCAUGGGGCUCAUAUGGACAUGGCCCCGACCCCGCGAUCUUCUACUGCAACACAGAAGAGAAAGACACUAUAGGAGCUGGGACAGUGGGGGGAAAAGAGCCAAUCAACUGGCAGUAGUGUUUAACUCUCCCAAAGGCAUUACCACCACUCAGACUCACCAAAGGUGUGCUUUUUUUAUUCAUACAAAAUUUAAACAAAAACUUCAGUACUUUUUCAAAUAUUUCAAGGAAACAUCAUCACAAUUUGUGUAUGUAUCGUUGUAAAUUGUGUAUUUAGAUGUGUUGCAUAUUUAAAUGUUUCUUAUGCAUUUUACAUUUGAAUAAAAUCCGUAACCUCA